AUGGCGUCGAAAACUGACUCCGCGGGGUCCGUACGUCCGCGAUCUCGUCGCUCCAUUGCUCAUGUACCGCGAUCCAAGGCCCUCUCCGGAUCUGAGAAAGAGAAUGCUACGACAGAUUUUGGCGCCUUUAAAACUCUCCAAGGCAGUGCGAAGCCGGCGGCGGGAAAGAACAAGAAGUCUCGCAGCAAAAGUCUCGGACCUGGAGGUCUAGAUGCGCUGCAAGCCUCCAAUGGCAACCGGCGCCAGUCUACGGCUCCGUUUCCUCUCAAGUCAAUCCUAAAACCUACAAUCCCCGUCUCCCCCGUCCGCAAUAUCCCGUCUUUUGAGGAAACACGCAGACGGACACCCCGCGAUGCGCCGCAGAAUCGAGUUUCAGCGAACGAUGGCGCAAAUGAUCAGAGUAGAGAAGGGCUGUUAAUUGAUUUUGAAACUCCGACGCUACCCUCCGUGGUUGGUGCAGACAACCUUGCGAAUCCCUUCGAUUCCUUCAAUGCCUCAUCCGCGAUUCGUGAUGGAAAGGCCGCAGCAAGAGAGCGCGAGGAAAGAGAGAAGAGGGAGCACGAUCGACAGUUGAUCCUUCAACAGAGAGAAGCGCGUCGGAAGUCGAUGGCCAACCGCCGUGUAUCUUUUGCCCCUGAGGCGACAUUGCACACGUGGAAUGUGGUGGAAAUUGCGGAGGACUCAACAUCGUCUUCCGCUUCCAAUUCCACUAGACGUUCAUCAUCAUUGCAAAAUUCCAGGAAUGAUGACCAGGAACAUGAUCAGGAGCCUCUGUCUUCACCUGGAAAUGAUAUCGAUUCGGAUGCUGCUUUCUCUCCCGUUCGCCAACAAGACCUACAGCGACUCAGAGAAGGCUCUGCAUCUGCAGCUUACGACAAUGCGGCGAGUUCUCAAGAAUUAUCUUCUAGUCCCCUAAGCGGAAGCUCAGCGGAAGGAAGUGAGGAUACAGGCGUGCAGAGCGUAGCCCGAGAAGAAGAUGACGAUGAUGAUGAUGACGACGACGACAACGGUUCUUCAGAUUCAGAUGCUGGAUUCGAUGCCGAGAGUACUGCCAUGAGCAUAGACGAUAUGACAGUUCGCUCAGCUGUCACGACACGGUCAGAUGAUGGCAGUACCACCUCUACUGCUCGGCUUAAUGAAGCGUUGCGUCAAGCGGCUAAGGAAGCUGGGACAAGAGGUAUUGAGUAUUAUGAAAACGAUGAAGACGGCGACACGUCAAUGGAGAUUGCCGACCAGGAGAUUACCGGCGCCUUUCAACCCUGGAUUAAAAAAGGUCAAAGGCAAAGUUUCGAAUGGGAUGAUAUCAGUGCUCUACAUGAUCAAGAGAAUGUUGAUCCAUCCAAACGAUCCAUUGGGGGGGGUCUUCCCCAGCCAAACAGCGGUAAUGACGAUGAGGAUCUCAGUAUGGAUCAGACCAACGCUAUUGGUCGCAUUCUCUCUAACAACUCUAGUUUCCCUCAGAGCGGUGUUCGUCGUAAAUCGUCUGGUGCGGAAACGAAUUAUGAGGAGCAAACCAUGGAAUUUACGAAUGUCGUUGGAGGGAUUGAACACCCAGUAUCGCCUACGAAGUCCACUUAUACCGGCAGCAAUAUAGAUGAGGACGAAGGGAUGACAAUGGAGUUCACAUCCGUGGUCGGUGGUGUUCUUGGGAAAAGUACUACUCCUCCUGGUGAACCGAAAUAUCCAACUCUUCCCCAAGGUCCAGAUGAUGAGAAUAAUGAGAAACGCAAGGAUCGGAUGCCUCUCGAGUCUGGCGAUCAGCAAGAUGACAUGGAAGGCAUAGAUAUGGAAUUUACGCGACCUGUCGGCGGUAUCCUUACCCCAGCCCAGAAACAAGUCGACAAUGAAGAGGACGACCAGACUGUGGGAAUGGAUAUUACAACGGCAAUUGGCGGCAUAAUGCCAGUUGAUCCUAGAAUAAAGAGCACGGACGAGUCGACCAAACUUGACUCUAGCACCGGCCAACUCGCUUCCUCAACGCCCCAGGAAGACGUCCAGCAACCACAAACAAACUCCCCAAUCUCAUUCCAUGUGGCCGCAGUCGCCUCCGAGAACGGUAGCCCCAGUUUGACAAGUGUGAGGUCUCGACGGACGAGACGAAGCUCCCGGGGGUCGAGUACUCCAAACUCUACCUCACAGCAUGCAUCGCCAGCCCAAAAACUGCCUGCACCACAGCAAGUCACACCUAGAACAACACGCCGGUCGACACAUUCCGAAACGACUCCAUCUCAGAGUGCAUCCCUUGGGGACUCCCAGCAAACGAAGCCUCAAGGUUCUGCAAGUAAGCGUGCAUCUGUCGACCGCAAAAAUGACUUUCAACAUAGUGAAGUUAAGGGUGACUCGACUCCGCUCUUUUCACUCAAACCCAGGGAAAGGCGCUCGUCCGGCCUGGGGAUUGAUAAGGAAGGGCUUGGAUCUCCUAGUGUGGCAGCCAUGCUGGACAAACGGAGAUCUAUUGGUCAUGAGGCUUCUCAGUUUGUUCCUCAAGUACAGGGCGUCCGUUUUGAAGAUCCUCUUAAACUUCAUGCGGAAGUUGAUCGUGAGCGCGAAGAGGAGGAAAGACGAGAAGAUGGUCACAUACUUCCCGAAAAGGAUGCUACGUUGAGCUUAAAGGAGAUGAUCUCUAGUCUCACACCGAAGAAGAGCAAACUCCGUGGUCGAAAAAGCUUGCACGUAGGAGCCGCCAAAGGCUUACUCGGGAAGCGGCCCAUAGAGUUGGAUAUGGACGACGACGAAGUAGAGGAUACUCCUAAACGUCUCAGAGGCCCGGGUGCCAGCCCAGUGAAAAAUAUCAGGCUCCCUACACCAUCAGCAAACGACGAGGCAGUUUCUCAAUCCAUACGUUCACCUUCACGGAAAUCAUUGAGGUUAUCCCCAGUUAAACUCAGCACUACACCUGUGCAGGAGCCAAAAAGCGGACCAGGGGACUUGACGAGCCCACUGAAACAUGGAAUUGAGUCCUUGCAUCUUACGACGCCUUUAGCAUCGUCACCAUCUCGACCAGAGGAAGAGAGUAUUGACAUCCAAGAAUCCGAGUCGAAAUUUGAACCGAUACAGUUACAAGACUUCCUCAACAUGACCAACAUACAUUUCAUGGAGCUUACGACGACGAAGAGACGCCAUACGACUGCCCCAAAUAGUGCCAGGCGAGAAAGCCGGCUUUCCGCUGGAAAUGAACCCAAAUCUGGGGCGGCCAGUUUCGAGGACUGUGUAGCUGCUGGAUUCUGCACGCUGCCGAUGCUCGAGCUGUAUCAGCAUUCCUGCCGGGAGUUGAAGUCGUACAUAUCAGAAGGAAGGCAAGUGAUCAGAUCUAUCGAAGCGGAAACUUACGCGGACAACCCGCCACUGUUCCGUGAAUACAUGACGGCUCCUCCCGACAUUCGUCUGCUAAUGGACAAUCAAUUCCGAAAUGUCAAGACUCAUGCGAGAUUGCUCAGCAAGGCAACGUGGUAUGAUUGGCGGAUGAAGCUUCUUGAUGGCUUGAAGGAGGGUCUUCAUCGCCAUGUUGAGGAAAUGAAAGGCGACGAUGAAUUCCUAGCCAAAAAGGAGUCGCUCCUCAACCGUAUCGUGCCUGAACUUGUUGAGAAACACUCAUCACUUGAACAGGAAGCCACAUCACUGCAACAGUUGGUUGAUGAGAUGGAGAACUGUGAUCAGGAUGAACUUCGAAGAGCGAGGGAAAAGCUCUCCAGCGUAGAAGCUGAGAUUGAAUCGAAGAAGCAGCAGCUAAAGGAGCUCCGGGAGGAAUUACAAGACAAGACAGACACCAUUGACACCGCAACAGAGCUUAAAGCAGAAUAUACGGCUCAGAUUGAGCAAGCGGAACGCGUCAAAGAGGAAUGUCGAGGAUGGAGUGCGAGGGAAAUCAAUGAACUUAAAGCGUCUGUCCUCGACAUUGAACGUCAGACUGGCUGGUCUAUCGUCUCUGCCUCAUCCUCGUCUGGGUCCGCGGGACCACUGAUGACGAUGUGUUACCGCGACCAACUGCGAUUGUCUUUCUACCCGGGAGCCUUUAGCACUGGAGAUCCAUCUCACACGAGCGAGGAAAGGAAGAAUAUGCCUGUUGAACUGGCCUAUGCGCCAGGAACCAGCAAGAAAUCGACAUAUCUUUCAACGGCGCAACUCUCGCCCAUAUGUUCUUUUGUUUCGAAAUCACUCGACUGCUACACAACUACUAUCCAGCAAUCUACCAUCACUCCUAGACAAUUUCUCCGUUUCAUUUCGGAGACCUGGGACCGCGUUCUCGUCCUGGAAGAAGAAGCUCGCAUGCUCGAAUUGUGCGGCGUCACCAAGAUUAAGAUUGCUGAGUCGGGAGGGAAUGUCAAUAAUUCGACUCUCAGAGCCAGGUGCACGCUUCUCUCUCGAAGGACGUCCAAAGAUGAAGCGACCCCGGCGAAGAAGGGAACCGUUUCUUCCACCACAGCUGCGAUACAGAAGCGAAUCGACGUCGACUUUAUUGUCAAAAGCCAUGUCGUUCCUAGCAGUGUCAGAAAUGGGGCUGAUGAUUCGAAGGCAACUGGAUCCAUGUAUUUCGAAACGGAUGUCACAGCCAGCAAGGUUUAUGGCUUUGGGGCUGAGAAUGGUGAAGUGGGAAUUUCAGAAAAGGAGAUGCGUGAGAUCCUUCGCAAGGAACUUGGAACGAACGUCGGGAAGGGAAAGGAGUCGCUGGCGCCGCAGCUUGGGGACGGAGCCUGGCAGAAGGCCGUGCAAGCGCUUCUCAGGGCUGUUUUCUGAAUGAAUCUUUGCUUAUCUUGGUCCUGUAUGGGUUUGGGUCUAGGGUCGAAAUUUGUUUAUAGGUCUGGUUGGAGUUGUUUCUUUCUUUGGUUGCAUGCUUUUGCUCUUUUUUUUCCCCUAAUGCUUGGAUGUUAUUUCUUUGCUGUUAUCUGGUCUCACUCGUUUGAUAUGAGUUCUCUUCGGGUCUUCGUUCAUGGCGUGGCUUUCCUUUCUUUUUUCCUGGACUAGUUUAAACGUUCUCUUUGCUAAUCUAAUAUGAACAUUUGGAUGUGAGUGAUUCAAUCAGCAUAUUCAGAGGUGAGAGAAUAAGCAUUGAGAUGAUAGUGGCUGCACUGAGUACACAUAGACACACACACACACAGAGAGAGAGAGAGAGAACUGAAAUAGAUGUGUCAUC